AUGCCUGGCACGCUGACCCAAACGCCCCAGCGUGGAUGCUCUGAUGCCCCGACGACUCUAUUCCAGCCCGCACCUCGAUACGCGACCGCGAGUGAAACCAGCAGCCGACACCUGAUUGAUUCAGAUGUCCACGGGACCCGCAAGCGCUCUCGCUACGACGGAUACUUCGACACUCCUUCCUCUGCAUCGCACACCCUCGCUGCAGAUCCCUGGACAGACAACUCGCUAGAUUACUCUCGCUCUUCGAACGUCCGCAGCCCUCCGCCUCUGGCGAACGACCGAUACGAGCUUGCCGGUGGUACGGAGAGCAUGGACAAGUUUGUGAGGCAGAAUGGGAUUUAUGACGACUAUGACCAGCUGGAGAAGCAGCGGGGCAUGUGGUCAACCGCGGCGACUCCUUCGUGCGGGCUACAGGAUCAGUUUCAGAGCGUCGGCAUGCAGUCAACACCAAAUGGGACGAAGCCUUGGAUGUUGAACCAGAUAAUGAGCAUAGUCGGUGGUGUUGCAGGCAAGCUCAUCCACUUCUGCGCCGUGCCGUUCCGUGGAUUUCAGGCAGGAGGUGGACAAGCUUACCCUUUCGAAGCCAACGGAGAGGUUGCUGCAAAGCUAGGUCUACAGGACGACCCGUUCAUCGAUCAAUCGACUGGACCAAUAAAGCUGGCUCCACCCGGCAACUACCCCGAGGAUGAUUACGGCGUGCUCUCAAUCGAGUCCCUCGAGAACGAGCGGCCAAGAAUGUCAAAACGGUUACGCACCGGAGAAAAUUGGGUAAUGGUAGACAAAGACGGCGCAAUGGAGUCAAGACCCGCGAGCCCACGGCUUUCGGAACGGCGAGUGCCCAACCAUGCGAGGUCACCUUCGCAAAUACCGCGUCCUCUAUCCAGGGCUGGCGCAUCAACGCCGGUCCCCAAACGUCCUUCACUCAUCCCCGUGUCUCGGCGGUCUACCUUGGAUAGAAAGGCUCUCCACGGAGCUUCAAAAGCGCCCACGACGGGGACAUACAGCACCCCAAGAUGCUACAGUCGUCAGAGCUAUGGCUCACCGGUCAUGUUCGAAAACAAAACAGACAAGAAUAAGAGCAACAGCCCGCUGCCAGCCGAAAGCCAACGGCUUAUCAACAAAAUGCGACGGGAGAAGCUGGAGGACGACGCCCGUAUGCGGAGGAUGAGCUCCCAAAUGAACACGUUGCUCCGCGAAGCCCGCGAGGCUCUCGGCAGUAAGUUCGAGGUCGAGGUCGAGUACAUGGACGAUGGCGCAAACGAUGGCGACAGCUAUUCAGGCCAGACAGACUUAUACCGGAGGUAG